CCACGCUGAUCUCUCAUAGAUAACUCUCCAGCAACUCUUCCACUCGUGCCCGCCAGGUAUCUCAUCUGAUAUUGUACCUUCGUCUGCUGGGCCGAAGAAUGCUUGUUCGCUCACUGUCCAUAGCUCCAGCAUGGCGUAAAUCGGGGCUAUAUGCGCUGCCAACUGCGAAAUCCUACCUUACAUGCGCAGGAGGCUCUGCACGUACAUCGGGUCACUCCUCACCUCGUAGUUAUCACGUAAAGGCUCAUCGAUCUUCAUGCUUCCGCGCGGUUCGCCUCUUCAGCUCGAACACCACCUCAUUCCCGGUCCAGCAACCCGGAGCCCCAACGACAGACCGAUCUGAGGCUGAUGUCUUUGCAGAGAAACUGCAACGUUUGCGAGAUGCAAUCAUCAACAAACCGCCUAUAUGCUCUGGGCAGUUCGCACUCGCACCGGAAGAGCUCGUUAUGUAUUACUCCACCAAAGACGGUGGUGCACGACGGCUGGACUUCGCUACCGCAACGGAGGCCGAGCUCAAGUCGCUUGCAGACGCGUGCGAUUUGGCGACGUUUGGCGUGAAUCAAAACGACGUCUUCGAUGAGACGUACAGGAAAGCCGGCAAGCUGGAUACCUCAAAAUUUGCAUUGAAGUUCGACCCAGCCACUUCUGGUUUGCUCGAUGCCUUCAGAGGUGACUUGUUGGAGGAUGACAAAGACAAGCCUAUUCGUGCUGAGCUGUAUAAACUGAAUGUUUAUGGUCCGGGUUCGUUCUUCAAGAUUCACAAGGACACACCUCGUGGCACGGACAUGUUCGGCUCGCUCGUCCUCGUGCUCCCCACAUCCCAUACCGGCGGUAGUCUGAAGUUCUCUCUAAGAGGCUCUUCAUGGACGUUCCCCACUGCCAACAUGGUGUACGCCGACGGCCAACCUCGGCUCGCAUAUCUGGCCUAUUUCAGCGAUGUCGAGCACGAAGUCAUGCCCGUCGAGUCUGGAUACCGUGUAACGCUGACGUACAACCUCUACUACGCCGAUCGCUCCGCGGAGUCUGCGGGAAAGGAUGUGCCAACGGUGCGGCGGGAGCUUUCGCACAACCGGGAUACGUUCAGGGACGUCUUCAAGACAUUGCUCGCGGAUCCUACCUUCAUGCCGAAAGGUGGUCUCAUCGGUUUCGGCCUUCGUCACCAGUACCCAUUCAUGCUGAAUGAACCACUGAACUUGCAAGCAUUCGCGAAGCGGCUAAAGGGCAGCGAUGCCGUGGUUGUUGAUGUCUGCAAGGAACUUGGUCUGAACGCGUCGUUCAAGUUCGUUUACCGAAGUGAUGGAUCGGAAGAGAACUACAGAGUGCUGAUGGAUCACUCACUGAAGCCUUGGAUGGAGAUAGAGCCGUGCGGGUAUAUCUUUAGCGAGCUGCGUGAUGCUCACGAAGGCGUGGUAAUCCACCGUCAUCCACAGCCCGUGACAUCUGCGGAGGAAAAUGACCAAGAUAAGAAUGGAGAUGAGAAACAUGACGAAUCGGAUGAUUUUGACGAAGACGAAGAGUAUUGGGAGGAGUGGGACGAAAAUGGCAACUGGAGGCCUACUGCAAAUGAAGCAGAGAACGUGCACUGGGUGACAGAUGUCACUCCCUAUACUGAAACUACCACUGACUGGAUGGCACACGGAAACGAGCCCAUAAUGGGCACUGUGUAUGGCGAUGUCGCUCUGCUCGUGAAGAUCGAGCGCGACAAGUCCGAACAGAAAUAAGGAUGACUCCAGGUGAUGAGAUUUUUUUGUUAUCAUUACACACUACACCAAUCCAUAUAGAAUACGGAACUGAGCCGAAGUCGGAGUGUCUUAAACGCCACAUCGUCCGGGCAUGAAGAUCGCUGUACAGGCUGUAUGCUUCCAACUUCUACAUUGUUAAACUUGAGCUGUACGAGACAUUCAUUGUCGUUAUGCGGACUCGGUCGGCUGUCUCCCAGGCAAGAUGUUUGAUCCGACAAGUACAAAC